CACCUGUGGCCCCAGUGGGCAGUGGCAGUGUGAGGACCACGCGUGUCUGAUGGAUGGAGACCUGAUCGAUGCCGUCAACAGGGGUAACUAUGGCUGGAGAGCUGCAAACUACAGCCAGUUUUGGGGCAUGACACUGGAGGAUGGGAUCCGGCACCGCCUGGGCACCUUCCGCCCCUCUCCCACUGUCAUGAACAUGAACGAGAUGCACAUGAACAUGGACUCCAACGAGGUGCUGCCCCGCCACUUUGACGCAGCCGCGAAGUGGCCAGGGAUGAUCCACGAGCCACUGGACCAGGGCAACUGUGCUGGUUCCUGGGCCUUCUCCACAGCUGCUGUCGCCUCGGAUCGCAUCUCCAUCCACUACAUGCAGCGGGGCUGCAGCGGGGGGCGGCUGGACGGCGCCUGGUGGUACCUCCGCAGGCGAGG